AUCAAAAGGGAAAAUGGUAGAGAGAGAAAAAAAAUAACAAAAGAGAAAGGCAACUCACCAAACGCCUCUCUCUCCGUUUGGCUUUGCUCUCUCUCUCUCUCUCUCUCUCUCUCUCUCUCUCCCCUCUCUCUUCGGCGAUCUGGUCAUAUCUGAUGCAGUUUUGAGCUAAGAGAUCGGUCCAACAGAAUCAUUUCUAAAAACGAUUAAGGAACAUGGACCAUGAUGAGACAGGAUGCCAAGCUCCUCCUGAACGCCCAAUUUUGUGCAUUAAUAAUUGCGGCUUCUUUGGAAGUGCAGCAACAAUGAACAUGUGCUCAAAAUGCCACAAGGAUAUGCUGUUGAAACAGGAGCAGGGUAAGCUUGCUGCAUCUGCAGGACAUAUUGUGAAUGGAUCCUCAAGCAGUAAUGUGGAACAACCUACUGUUGUCAACACUGUUGAAAUUCAAGUCAAUACGGCAGAGUCAAAGACCAUCACAGUGCAGCCAUCCUGUGCUUCAGCUUUGGGGGAGUUUGUUGAGGCAAAGCCAAAGGAGGGUCCAAACAAGUGCAACACUUGCAAGAAACGGGUUGGUUUAACAGGGUUCAACUGUCGAUGUGGCAACCUUUUCUGUGCAUCUCAUCGGUACUCAGACAAACACAACUGUCCAUUUGAUUACCGUAAUGCUGCCCGUGAGGCUAUAGCAAGAGCCAACCCUAUUGUCAAGGCAGAGAAGCUUGAUAAGAUAUAGAUUUGAAUUGGAAGUUUCUGAGUACUAAAAUUUGAUGAUCAUUUCGUCUUUGAGGCUUCUGAGUUGGCCGAGUAUCUUAUCAGGUCAGGUGUCCUUUUGUAUUGUUGUGUACGGGGAAGCAAGACAGCAUAGGACAUCUCUGCAGUAUGAAGAACUCUAUAUCUUGUGAUUGGCGAGAGUUUAUAUGUUGGCUCCAGUGUUUUAAGUCUAAAUCUGUGCUGGUUUGAUGGACUUUGUUGUGGUUACGUUUGUAAUGUGUCAUCCUGUUUCAUAUGGCAUUUCUCUGGUAGUACAGUACGUCAAAAUGGCUUGUGCAAUUUCUAGAUGAUAAAUGGAAGUCAUCCAUGAACGCUCACGUGCGUAGCUUGUAAAUUUUAUUCAUGGCUUUCAGGGCAGUAAUAUCGUGUCAUUUGAAUUUC